GGGCCGCUCUAGGAGGCCACUUCCGGUCCCUCUGCCCCGCCCAGGCGGCUCUUCCUCCUCCUCCUCCUCUUCCUCCAGUUCUUGGCGACCGUUGUCUCCGCCGGUCUCCCUUCCUUCCUUUUCCUUUCUUCCUCCAGGCGCAAUAAGAAAACAGAGCCAUGACGGAUUCCAAGUACUUCACCACCAAUAAAAAAGGGGAGAUCUUUGAGCUGAAAGCGGAGCUCAACAAUGAAAAGAAGGAGAAGAGAAAAGAGGCGGUGAAGAAGGUCAUCGCAGCCAUGACUGUGGGCAAGGAUGUCAGCUCCCUUUUCCCGGACGUGGUGAACUGCAUGCAGACGGACAACCUGGAGCUGAAGAAGCUGGUCUAUCUGUACCUCAUGAACUACGCCAAGAGCCAGCCGGACAUGGCCAUCAUGGCCGUCAACAGCUUCGUCAAGGAUUGCGAGGACCCCAACCCGCUCAUCCGGGCGCUGGCGGUGCGCACCAUGGGGUGCAUCCGGGUGGACAAGAUCACGGAGUACCUCUGCGAGCCUCUCCGGAAGUGCCUGAAGGACGAGGACCCGUACGUGCGCAAGACGGCGGCGGUGUGCGUUGCCAAGCUCCACGACAUCAAUGCCCAGAUGGUGGAGGACCAGGGCUUUCUGGACUCCCUCCGCGACCUCAUUGCCGACUCCAAUCCCAUGGUCGUGGCCAACGCCGUGGCGGCCCUGUCCGAAAUCAGCGAAUCUCACCCCAACAGCAACUUGCUUGACCUGAACCCCCAGAACAUCAACAAGCUGCUCACUGCUCUGAACGAAUGCACCGAGUGGGGCCAGAUCUUCAUCCUGGACUGCCUUUCCAACUACAACCCGAAAGACGACCGGGAAGCCCAGAGCAUCUGCGAGCGGGUGACCCCCCGCCUCUCGCACGCCAACUCCGCCGUGGUGCUUUCGGCCGUCAAGGUGCUGAUGAAGUUCCUGGAGCUCCUGCCCAAGGAUUCGGACUACUACACCAUGCUGCUGAAGAAGCUGGCUCCUCCUUUGGUCACUCUGCUGUCCGGAGAGCCGGAGGUCCAGUACGUGGCCCUCAGGAACAUCAACCUCAUCGUGCAGAAAAGACCAGAAAUCCUGAAGCAAGAGAUCAAGGUCUUCUUUGUGAAGUACAACGACCCGAUCUACGUCAAGCUGGAGAAGCUGGACAUCAUGAUCCGCCUGGCCUCUCAGGCCAACAUUGCCCAGGUUCUGGCUGAGCUCAAGGAGUAUGCCACCGAGGUGGACGUGGACUUUGUCCGCAAGGCUGUGCGCGCCAUCGGACGAUGCGCCAUCAAAGUUGAGCAAUCUGCAGAGCGCUGCGUCAGCACCCUCCUGGACCUCAUCCAGACCAAGGUCAACUACGUCGUCCAGGAAGCCAUUGUGGUCAUCCGGGACAUCUUCCGCAAAUACCCCAACAAGUACGAGAGCAUCAUUGCCACCCUGUGUGAGAACCUGGACUCUCUGGAUGAGCCUGACGCCCGGGCGGCCAUGAUCUGGAUCGUGGGCGAGUACGCCGAGAGGAUCGACAAUGCGGACGAGCUUCUGGAGAGCUUCCUGGAGGGAUUUCACGACGAGAGCACCCAGGUGCAGCUGACCUUACUGACCGCCAUCGUGAAACUGUUUUUGAAAAAGCCAUCCGAAACACAGGAACUGGUCCAGCAGGUGCUGAGUCUUGCCACACAGGAUUCGGACAACCCGGACCUGCGGGACCGCGGCUACAUCUACUGGCGCCUCCUCUCCACGGACCCAGUCACGGCCAAGGAGGUGGUCUUGUCUGAGAAGCCCCUGAUCUCUGAGGAGACCGACUUGAUCGAACCCACCCUGCUGGACGAACUCAUCUGUCACAUCGGCUCGCUGGCCUCCGUCUACCACAAGCCGCCCAAUGCCUUCGUGGAGGGCAGCCACGGGAUCCACCGCAAGCACCUGCCCAUCCACCACGGAAGCACCGACGCAGGAGACAGCCCUGUUGGGGCCACGACCACCACAAACCUGGAGCAGCCGCAGGUGAUCCCCUCCCAGGGAGAUCUCCUGGGCGACCUCCUGAACCUGGACCUUGGCCCGCCGGUGAACGUGCCCCAAGUGUCUUCCAUGCAGAUGGGGGCCGUGGACCUGCUUGGCGGAGGGCUGGACAGCCUGCUUGGCAGUGAUCUUGGCGGGGGAAUUGGUGGCAGCCCUGCAGUGGGACAAACCUUCAUCCCCUCCUCGGUGCCUGCGACCUUUGCCCCCUCGCCCACUCCGGCCGUGGUCAGCAGUGGACUCAAUGACCUCUUUGAGCUCUCCUCCGGCAUCGGCAUGGCGCCCGGAGGCUUCGUGGCUCCCAAAUCGGUCUGGCUGCCGGCCGUGAAGGCCAAGGGGCUGGAGAUCUCAGGGACCUUCAGCCACCGUCAAGGGCACAUCUAUAUGGACAUGAGCUUCACCAACAAGGCCCUGCAGCACAUGAGCGACUUCGCCAUCCAGUUCAACAAGAACAGCUUUGGCGUCAUCCCCAGCACCCCCCUGGCCAUCCACACACCCUUGAUGCCAAACCAGAGCAUCGACGUCUCUCUGCCCCUCAACACUUUGGGGCCAGUGAUGAAGAUGGAGCCCCUCAACAACCUUCAGGUGGCUGUGAAGAAUAACAUUGACGUCUUCUACUUCAGCUGCCUCAUCCCUCUCAAUGUGCUUUUCGUAGAGGAUGGGAAGAUGGAACGCCAGGUCUUCCUUGCGACGUGGAAAGACAUUCCCAAUGAGAAUGAGCUCCAGUUCCAGAUCAAAGAGUGUCACCUGAAUGCCGACACUGUGUCCAGCAAGCUGCAGAACAACAACGUCUACACCAUUGCCAAGAGGAACGUGGAAGGCCAGGACAUGCUCUACCAGUCCCUGAAGCUGACCAACGGGAUCUGGAUCCUGGCCGAGCUGCGCAUUCAGCCGGGGAACCCCAACUACACGCUCUCCCUGAAAUGCCGGGCUCCUGAGGUCUCCCAGUACGUCUACCAGGUCUACGAUGGCAUUUUGAAGAACUGAUGCCUCGGAGCUGUCGCCUCCACGGCCGCCGCCACCACUGCGCCACAUGGCGCAAACUGGGGCAAGGGCCAGUGCUCCUCUACCACCAUCUUGUCGGUGCAGGCUGAGGCCUCUCUCUGUCUCUCUCUCUUUCUCUUACUCUCCACGCGGGAAAGGCCGCUCCGUCUUGUGUCCGAGGCGAAACCGAGGUAGCGAAUAGUCGUGUCCACGUUCCGGUAACAGUAGUGUGUUUAUUUUGGGGGGGGACCCUCCCGUUUGAUACUCCUAGCGUCUGUGGGAAGUUUGUAACCACUCCGCAUCGCCUGUCGUUCUCUCUCAUUCUCUCCUUCCACCCCAAUCCUUUUCACGGUCUUUGUGCCACGGUGAGCUUGUCUUGGUCCGUCCCUCUCCAUCUCGUGCCAACGCUUUGCGUUUUCUAAACCACUCUAGGCCUGCUGUUGCUCUGUUCUUACGCGCAUCGGAAGGACACUGCUGCGCAAGUGUGCGUAACCCACAAUACACAGACACACUCCUUUUCUGCCCUGGAGGAAGAAAACCCACACUCACAAACACAUAUAUACACACACAUGGACUGCAAAGGUCAUGUUUUAAACAACGCCAGGUAUUCAUGGGCUCCUCCUGGGUUUUCUAUUUGGUCUUUCCUUUUGGCUUAAAGUCAACCUUACCUACCAAAAAAUGCCACCGAGGCUAAAAAAACCCACCUGGCUGCAAACAUUUCAGACCUUUUUCAACCCAAGCAGCGUCGAACGAUUGGGAAGGAGAUGGGGUUAUUGUUGGUUGGGUGGGAGAGCCAUGCCAGCCCUGUCCAGAAUGCACCAGGGUCUGCCACAAAUGCAACAACUGCUUUGAGUGGCAUUUCCUUGGUGCCACUGUAUACAGAUGGACAAAAGUGGCACCUGGUUAGGAUAGUAGGGGGGUUUCAGAGGUCCAAGCAGCCGGUCUCCCACUUUGCCCACUUUUGCCACCUCUCUCCUGGGAAGCUUCCCUUGCCAACAGAUGACCCACCUGAGUUUUGACCCUAUUGGGGUCAGGGCUUCAGCCAUCCCCUGACCAUGUGGCCUUCCUCAGGUACGCUUCUUGAGCUGCUUUAAAGGAGACUGGUAUCAUGGGUGAGGUUGAAGCAACCUGUCCAAGUCAUGGGCAACCAAAGGUGAGCCCAUUUCUAAGGCAGUGGAUGACGGCCUCCCUCCCUUCCUUCCUCUCAGAGCUCCUUGCCUAGUGCUGCUUUCCUCCUUGGGCUGCCUUCUUUUCUCUUUAAUGCUGUGCAGGUCCUUUGAGCGCAUGCAGAGUUGAAGCCAUGCAUCCCUUCCUCUUUGUGCUGCCCGUUGCCCAGAUCGAGCCAAGGUUUAAAGCAGGGUUUUUAUGGCCGGAUCGGAGGUUCCUGGUUCAAAAGGGUGCUUCUCUUUGAUGCAUUUUUGGAGGUAACCUGGAGGAGGGUGCUAGUAAUGCCUCCCUUGCGCCCCUUCCUACAUCUUGUCUGUAUCCAGAUGGUUUAAGAAUUCAAACCAGAGGUGCCAAAGGGUUGCUCUGCUCUUCGCCUGUCGGGCUGCAACUCCCAUUGUCUCUUGCCAUUGGCAAGAUGGGAGUUGCACUCCUGCAGCCACUUUCAGACUGAGUCCCCUUCCAUGGAGAUUUAUGGAGAAAGGCUCAUCUGUCCCCGGAAGGGAUGGUUUUGAGGCGCCCCCCCCCCCCCGGCAUCCCAAAAGGAGUGAAUCAAAAUGGCGGGAAGCGUUGGGCUCCCCGUGCGAGUCCCUACCAGUCAGGCGGUGUGUCUUUCGUCUGCAUGCGGUCAAGUGUAAUGUGAGGGGAGGGAGGAGGGCUUCCGUCGCACGUUUUUUAGUUCUCUUUUUUUACGCUCGCGGUCGUCAUCAUUCCAUCCUUCGGAGCCAUUCGACUUUGGGGUCGGGGAGGGGAAAAACGAAGCUUUGCCUUGUAUCUGUCAAUAAAUGUGAUUUACACAGAAAAA